UCUCCCUCUCUCUCUCACGCUCCCUCCCCCCUCUCUCUUUCUCUCUCUCGCCCUGAGAUUCAAUUCGCCGGCGUAGCUCGCAAUCCCUCCCACGAACGACCACAGAGACACACGCACGCACACCCCCGUCUAGCUAACACACACACACCCCCAACACUCCAGCUCACACAUCCCGGUCUAUCUAACACACACCCCCCCCCCCCCCAGUUUAUCUAACACACACAGUCUAUCUAACACACACACAGUCUAGCUAACACACACACAGUCUAGCUCACACACACACAGUCUAUCUAACACACACACCCCCCAGUCUAUCUAACACACACACAGUCUAUCUAACACACACACAGUCUAGCUCACACACACACAGUCUAGCUAACACACACACAGUCUAGCUAACACACACACACACCCAACCCUGCAGCUCCCACACACUCCCCCCUCCACUGCCGACACAGAACGGACGCCACGAGCAUUCAUAUCUCUCGCUCUCUCGCUCUUUCGCUCGCUAGCUGUUCUUUUUUUUGUACAAUUGUAUAUUUAAACGGAAUAGCUCGAUUGUAUAAAAUUAUCACGUAAACAAUUCACCAUUCGCCAUCGUUCUGUUUAUAUCACAUCAAAGCGAAGCCGCGUAUUGAUUUCGUUUCGUUCAGCAUAUCCAUUGUCAUCAUCGUGUCAAAUCGUCGCUAUUGUAUAAGCCCGUGCAUGUAUAUAUUGUAAGAGGUUAGCGUAGAGUGAAUUAGAUUUUUUCUUAUUAAAUUGGUGGUGGUGGUGGGGGGGCUGCUAUGGAGGGAGGAGACGGCGCCUCCGCUUGGAUUUCGGAUCGAGCCUCCGCCAAGGAUGGAACCACCCAGCAGGAGACGGAGCCGCAAAAGCAUCGCGAGACGGCUCCGUGGCCCGGGCGUGAUCAGCAUCGCUCAGACUCGCCGGACAUCACGUAUGCUCCUGCCGACACCACAUCCUUCUCUGUCAAAGACCCCACGGGAGAGGGGUCUCCCACCCCACUCGGCACCUCUUCACAGAGGCCCCCUCGGCAUCUCCACGACUCUGACUCCGACCACAACGAUGAAUACGAAGAUGACGACGAUGAUGACGCCGAUUCCAUCUUAGACCUCGUCAACCCAUCGCAAGCAGUGUACCGGCCCCACGGCUCCAGUCUAGGGGACCUGGGGGGCCUGGACGACUUCGGGGUCGAGGGGAUCGGGGCGGAGCGAAGCCCCGAUGAGGCCGUGAAGGGGGUGGCCGUGAAGGAGGUUGGCGCCUCCUCCCGUCGCGAUGUCCGUGAUGGUGGCUACGGGGAUGCCAAGGUGGAUGAUGAUGAAGAUGACCAGGUGGAUGAGGAGGUGGAUUUGUACAGAGCCGGGCCCCAGGGUGCCGGAGGGAAAGAGGAGGUGCGCGGAUGGACCGCGGACGGAGGAGGGGUGACCGAGGCGUUGCGUGAUGCCUCCUUCGUGCGUGCGCCCCCUCCGCCGCAGGGGCCCCCGCUGAUCCCCGGGGCCCCGCCGCUCUCACAGCUCCCCUCGGCCAUCGACGCUCUCCUGUCUGACCUCACGGGGCCCCCCGGCCCCUCGGCCCCCUCGGGUCCCCCGGGACUCCCAGACCUCUUCCCGUGCGCGCCCCCCCACUCCUCCUCCUCCACCCCCCUCGGGUACCGCGAGGUGCCCAUCGUCCUGGAGUCCGGUCCGUCGCUCCCUCCGGCUGCGAUCGUCGUCGGCGGACUUCGCGAGAUCUCCGUCACCUUCGAGAGUAGCCUGGCCUUAGACUACGACGACGACGAUGAUGAUGACGACGAUGACGACAAGGUGGGCGACGUGUUGAAGCUGCAGCGUGACCGGGGGGCGGCCUUCGACACCGCUGCCACCGCCGCCUCCACUGCCUCCACCACGACCGCCGCGACCGCACGGGACUCCGAAGACGACGACGACGAUGACGAGGUGGAGGAUGACCGCACCAAAGGCUACGCGGUGCAGGAGACGGCGGCUGCGUCAAGCCUGGCGUCGUCGUACACGGUCCCCUACUCCUCCUUCAGAGCCCGCGAUAACAAUGAUGACCACGAAGACGACGACGACGAUGAUGAUGACGACGACGAUGACGGCGAUAACAUCCACGAGGGAGGAGCAAGAGGAGCGUCCGGCUCGCCGCUCGAUGGCCGGGCGUCCGACCUCGUUGAACCGAUGACGAUGCCGUCGUUGCUGCCGCCACCGUCGCCGUCAUCGUCGGUGCCGGCGCCGUCGUCGCCGCCGUACGUCCUCAUCGGGCCCGGGCGGGCACAGCCGGCGCAGCAGAACAAACCGUGGCAGCCGCACGAAGAUCCGUGGAGCGAGCUGACGGCGGAUUUCCAAAUGCAGCCGCAGCAGCCGCAACAGCCGCAACAGCAGCAGCAGCAGCAGCCAGCCCCGUGGGAUGAGGACGACGACGACGAGGAUGAGGAAGAGGAGGAUGACGACGCGAGGGCGGCGCGAGGGGGCACGUUGCCGCUAGAGGAGGAGGUUUAUCCGGCCGUGUUCUUUUCUGCUUCCGGGGCGGCCAGCGCUGCAGCGCCGUCGCACGAGGGCGACCUCGUAGCUUCGGGGGUCGCGGGUUCGGGCCCCGGCCGGGCGUGCGAGCCGCACACCUUCCUCCUGUCCAACGGCGGCUCGGACACGUCCACGAGCUCGGACGAAUCCGGCUCGUCCGAGGCGUCCAUCGGGUCGGUGGUGCGGGCGAGGGGUCGCCGCGGGGUCGACGGCGAGGGGGGCGGUGGCGGCGGGGAGGGGGAAGGAGAGGGGGGAGACGCGGAGUCGAAGGCACGGGACGAGGACGCCGAGAAGCGGAGAGAGGAGGAGGAGAAGGAGGAGAAGGAGGAGGAGGAGGUGUCGCCGGCGGCGGCAGAAAUGCAAGAGGCGAAGUGCCGGGAUGACGAUGACGACGACGACGGUGACGACGACGAUGACGGCGGUGAUGAUGGUGACGAUGAAGGAGACAAUGGUGAGGGUAGCGGUGGUGACGACGGCGACGACGGGAAUAGGUCGGGCCCCGGCGAUGAAGAGACGCGGGCGAUGACGGCGGCGCGAGGCGAAGCGAGCGACCGGCCGAGGAAACGCGACGAUGUAGCCGCGACGAUCAGCCAGGGGACCGCUCGCCAACCGCGGAACGACGACAACGACGACGAUGAAGAGGAGGAGGACAUGAUGAGUUUCCACAUGGUGAGCGCCCAGCCGACCCGACCAACACCGCCACCGCCGCCGCCAUCAACAAUAUCUUCCCAUCGUCAUCAACCUCCGUCUGCAACGAUCGCACCACCUAUGACCACAGCAGCAGCAGCAUCUUCGGGCGAGAGCACGGACGAUUCGUCCAAGUCGGAGGGUCUGUCUCCCAGCAUCGAGGUGCCCGAGCGAUCCGAGUUUGAGGCUUGUCCCGGUGCGGCCAUCACCGCCAUCACCGCCACCAUCACCGCCGCCACUGCCGCCACCGCCGCCACCACCGGCACCACCGGCACCGUAGCUGGCGGAGGGGCGCCAUCAUCGUCGAACCCCCAGCGGCCACCGACGCCCAGCGACCCCGUCCUGGAGUCUCGCUGGGACGUGACGGCGGCCCUGGAGGACGCGCUGCGCGAGGAAGGGGGGCGGCAGUCCUCCACCGAGGAGCAGCCCGGAGGGCUGGCGGCGUCGACGCCGCCGUCGUCGUCGUCGCCGUCGCCCGACUCGUCGUCGGAGAGGCCCGCGGAAGCCGAGGGGGGCGGGAGGCCUUGGUGGGCCACGCUGGCCGCGGUUGUGUGCGCGUCGAGCCAAGUGGUGGAGCUGCUGCUGUGGCGGGAGCCGCUGCGCUCGGGCGCCGUGUCCGCGACGCUGCUCGGCUUCCUGCUGGCGCUCACCACGUGGAGCAUCGUGAGCGUGCUGGCCUACGGCUCGCUCGCCGUGCUCUCGCUCACCCUGACGCUGCGCGUCUACCGCUGCCUGCUCAAGGCCGUGCAGAAGUCCGACGCCCCCCACCCCUUCCAGGAGUACCUGGACAAGGACCUGGCGGUGAGCCCCGAGGUGGCGCGCAAGUACUCGGAUGCGUCGCUGGCGCGGGUGAAUCGCACGCUGCGCGAGCUGCAGCGCCUCUUCCUGGUUCACGACCUCCUCGACUCCAUCAAGUUUGCCGUGUUCGUCUGGCUGUUGACCUACGUGGGUGCCAUUUUCAAUGGCCUCACCAUCGUCAUCAUUGUUGUGGUGGGGCUCUUCACCAUCCCUGUUGUUUAUGAGAAGCACCAGGCGCAGAUUGACCAGUACGUUGAGCUGAUCCGUGGUCACAUCAACGGCUUCGUGGCCAAGGUUCAAGCCAAAAUCCCUGGAUCCAAACGCAAGGAAGAGUAGUGAAGUCGAACCGUACUUCACCUUCCCACGUCCCCAUCUUAACGCCCUUUAACCCUUCUCUUCAUCGCCCCCACCCCACCUAUCCUUCUCAAAACCUCUCAACCCCCACCCGCCAACUCUCCCCCAAUUUGCCUCUCCGCCCCAGACAAACCCACGUCUACUACGCUCUUCCUAUGAACGCGCGCCCGCGCGAACACACACACACACACGUUCACCCGGCACACGUGCGGUUGGUUCACUCGUGCGGUUCACUCCUGUAUUUUUCAUUCGUUCGUUCGUUCAUUCAUCCAAUCGGUUCAUUCAUCGUUCUCUACUUCUCUCCCACCCCCCCUCACCACCACCAUGACGCAAAAUACAAUCCGAUGCUGUUCUUGCUGUUGUCGCUGUGACGUCUAUCACGUGGCUGGACUCGCAAUCCCAGGGGUCGUGCCUGUUCGACUCCAUCUCCCCGGCGCGGACGUUGAAACGAUGGAGGCGAGUUUCGAAAAAUCCCUUCGCACCCUCUGGGCCCCAUCCACCAGUACGAACGGGUAAACACCGCAGUGUGGGCGCAACGACAGGUCGCCUCGUGUGGUGGGGUACAGUGUGGGAAGCUCCCCACCACCCCCCUCCCCUCUCCCCCCACAACUCUCUUCCAAUAUGCUCGACCAGCGUUACUGAGUAUUCCACAAUACCAUACUUUGCCAGAGCUCCCCCUUUAUCCAGCCGUGGCACGAGCACGCACUUGCAGGGCGGCACCUUGACCCCCUGCCACGUGACGUAAUCGACGAAGGGUCUGUGGUGAGACCCACGUACGGUCAGACCCUGGGUUAGUGCAGACGGGCCAACACCGUUUGUGAAAUGCACGUGGUGGUGGUGGUGUUUGCUGUGUGCCCUGAUCGAUUCGUGCAAAUGAUGAGACUCUAAUCCUGCACACCUGAGUUGUCACCUGGGUUAAACAAAGUCCAACUUGUGGUUGGCAUGCGCACGCCGUGGUGUGCGUGGCACACGCUAAACACUUGCGCCACCGCUCCACCUACGAGUACAAAGAUCCCUCGUAAAGCCUUAACAGACUGUUGGGGCAAGUACUGUUAGCGAGCACACGCAUGCAUACGUACACACAAGUAAAGGUCCCCCGUAUAGCCUUGACAGACUUUCGGGGCAAGCACACAUACACACAUCCUCGCACGCGCAUGAAAAAUGCUACUCUGCAGUUUGGAGAUGCUCGCUGCAUUGUGAGAUGAACCUGCAAGGGGGGGGGGGGUGGUGGUGGGAUGAUGAUGCAACAACGAUCCCCCAUGCGAUUGAGAUUGAAUCAAUGGAAUUGUUCGGUUCUUAAUGCUCACAGCUCGUGCGUCGAGUCGUGUGUGUGUGUGCGCGUAGGAGAACGACGAUCGUCAUCGAUUCGCGGUGUUAACGGUGACCUACAGUGCGCCACGAAAGAACGUAAUCGGCAGUAAUUUAACGGCGUGUGUACGACGUUUGUUACGUGUACAAUCCACUGCUGGAUGAAGGACCUCUCCCAUGCCUGAUGUGUCGGUGCAGGUUCGUGAAAGUGGGGGCAGGGGAAGCGCGCAUAGAGGUCCGAGUAGAGUACAGCACAACAAUGUUUUUUCUUGUCGCCCCUGUGACGACACAAUGGGCUCAGUGACGUAUUUGAUGACGCGCGUGACUGGCUCGUGGAAACUGCAUGGCCGCCACCACCACUAUCGAUUCUGCACACACAUACACCUUAAAAUACAUACAAAAAUAGAAUCGUGAAUUCUGUCAGGGCAAUGGAUAGUUACGGGGGCCAGAGGAUUAUUGUUUAAAUUAAAUGUAGUAAUAAUAUUAAGAGUUACAAAUCAAUAGCAUACUUGUCAACCCAUACGGUUUACCCAAAUUCUCGAACCGGGAAAUUGAGUUUUCAGGUCCAUACGGCGCACAGCCGUUUCAAUGCGGGGCAAAAAUGCUCUUGUCUGUUUGUGUUUCUCCCUUGUGAUGGGACUUUGUCGGACGAACGUUGGGAUUGAUAAGGGGCACGGGGUGACCAACAAUGUCUGAAUUGUUCUGUAAUAAGGUAGAGCACCGAUCAGGGGGGGUUGACAGGCAUGCAAUAGCCCACCGCAGUUUCUCACGUGCGCGAGGUGUACACAAAGGGGGGGGUAUGUGGGAGUCGCCACGGGGUUUGAUAGACCCGCGCAUGCACGAGGGCCGCGUGUUUGCGUAGGUUUUUGUCAGCUGCCACGUGCACGCGAGGUCGAACGCGAUGUAUUGUGACGUCACAACCCAGCCUAGAGCAACGGACGGCACCGUUAGCAAUCGGUUUCCCCCACCACUACCACCCACCACCUCCCUCUCCCCCCCCAUAUCCCCACCCAACUCUCAACACCUCUCUCUGAAAACCUCAACUUAUCAUGACAAGCAAAAAAAAAUCAAACAAAAACCUCCCAGCGGAUUUUCAUGUUGCUUCCCUCUCUAUCCGUGUUUAGUACACGACCCCCCUCCCUCCCUCCCACACUGCCCCCUUCCUCCCAGCUGCCUCGUAUAUUUCAGUAGAAAUUGAAUGACUUUCAUCAUGGCCAUAACGUAAUGAUUUUAAGUCCACGUGGCCACAACCUUCUCGACGCGUUCGUGUAAUGCCCUGGGAAUGUUUAAUCUCGUCGUUUAAAACAUUACAUUUUCAUUUUUUUGGGUUCUGCUGUUGUUCUUAUCGUGCUGCGGUUUGUUAUGUCCGGUUGUAAAGAUGCUAGCUGAUUUGUCGGUAUUAUAUUAUUUUCUAGCUAUUUCUUUCUCUCGCUGUUUAAUGCGUGCGAUGAUGAUUAUGGUGUUGUCGACGAUCGAUGAUGACGACGUUAAUGAUGACGUGGAAUUGUUCCUCUUCCCCGUGUUGUGCUGACAAUGGAACGUGGAUUUCGUUUGUCUCGAAAAAUAAAAAGGAGAGCUAAUGAAA